AUGGAUUCUAUCAUCGAAGUCCAGAGACAAACACACGAGGAGAUUGAACGCUUUGAGCGGGCGUUGUCAACGAUACUAUCAAGGCAACAUAAAACUCACAAAGCUCAUCUUGCAGCAGAGCACAAGGCAAGUGACAUUCUGGACCGCAUCGUUGCGCGCUCUGUCACUUUACAGAACGCUUACGAUGAUAUUGACGGUACUCGUAAAGCAGAAAUAGACCUCUUGGCUGCUCCAGCGAAACCUGGCAUAAACGACUUGGACGAGUUUUACAAACGAUUCAAGAAGCUCCAGGACCACCAUACACGCUAUCCAAAUCAACCCAUCAACGGAUUUGAAAUAGAGUUGGCUGCAAUGGUGGACGAUAUGGAGGAACAGAUGGACGACGAGUACGAACAGGAUGACCCGAUCAAUACCUUGUUCUCUGGCGAGGAGAGAUACGGACUGUGCUUGGACUUGUAUGCCAGCCACACUCAGUACAACAAUCUGAAAAACGUGCCAAAACGACUACAGUAUCUGCAAUACCUAGAUGCACUUGCAACUGUCAGCAAUGGAUCGCUCCAUCCAGAACUACCGAAAGACUGCAAGCACUCCAAAGACUAUGAAAACUACCUCAGCGGGCUUUAUACUUAUUUACUUUCCUUCUCAAAGCGAACACAACCUCUUGUUGAUGUUGAAUCUCUUCAACGCCGAUCAGAGGAAGAGUUUGCUAGCCUUUGGGAGGAAGGCAAGGUGCCAGGCUGGGAAUCGAAACCCCAAGCUCAGAGUACUGAAGGAGAGAUCUGGUGCGCCGCGUGUCAACGGUCUUACACCAAGCAAACUGUCUACGAUGCUCACUUGACGUCCAAAAAGCACCAAAAAGCAGCGGCCAAGCUAGAGGCAGAAGGCGGCUCUGCCGCCAACGGAACCGCACACCAAAAUGGUGCACCACAUCCCAAUGGUGCCUCCAAAUCACAAGCUUCGACUUCCAAGGGUCGCAACUCUGCUCGCCUAACGCACCUUAUCACCUCUUUACUUGUUCCUUUGCUUCCAACCAUUGCCGAAACCAAGGCCAACGUCGAGCGACGGUUCUCUCUCACCGCCCGAGAACGUGAGGAGGAACUUGUGGACGAAGCACCAAUCGCCGCACCGGCAGACUCUGAGAAUGCGGUUCAGGAUGAGGAACCAGAGGAAGAGGAGCGGAUAUACAAUCCGCUCAAGCUGCCUCUUGGAUGGGAUGGUAAGCCAAUUCCCUAUUGGCUUUACAAGCUUCAUGGAUUGGGUGUGGAGUACCGAUGCGAGAUUUGUUCGGACUUUGUCUACAUGGGGCGAAAGAACUUUGAGAGACACUUCCAGGAAGCACGGCAUGCCUUUGGUAUGCGUGCAUUGGGGCUACCCAACACGAAGCACUUUCACGAAAUCACGAAGAUUGAAGACGCAUUGGCUCUUGCCGAAAAGCUCAAGAGAGAGGGUCGAAAGGAAAUAAGCCAAAACGAGACCACGGAAGAGAUGGAAGACGAAGAAGGCAACGUCUACAAUCGCAAGACAUACGAAGACCUGAAGAAGCAAGGCCUCAUCUAG